AUGGCUGGAGAUUUAGCACCUGCUGAUGUUGUGUCUCAAUCCGAACAAACUCAAGAACCCUUUGUCGAGGAAAAAGAUUUACCACCUGCGAGGUACAUCAUCAAAGGCAGUACUGCUGGUUGUGGAGUUGUCGAGUCCUUCCUUCCCUUUGCCUCGAUUCCAGUGAUCGAUCUCAGUCUCAUUGCACUGUCAUCAUCUUCCAAGGAAGAGGAGGAUGAACUUGAGAAAUUAAAGUUAGCUCUCACUACCUGGGGUUGCUUUCAGGUAGUAGGGCAUGGUAUUCCAACUCCGUUGCUGGACAAGAUGCGUGAGAUCACGGAGCAAUUCUUUGAUCUUCCAGAGGCAGAUAAGCAGAUAUAUUCACGUGCAAUGAAUGACAUCGAAGGGUAUGGAACUGAUCCGGUACUCUCAGACAAGCAGGUUCUUGACUGGUCGGAACGCCUGUUCCUCAAACUGCUUCCACAAAGUUCAAGAAACCUCAACCUAUGGCCUGAAACCCCCAACGAGUUUAGGGGAAGCCUAAAUGAAUAUUCCGAGAAGGUGAAGUCAAUAAUAGACAUUGUGCUAGGGGCGAUGUCAAGAGUGCUGAACCUGGAAGAACACUACUUCUUGACGAAACAUGGCAAUCAAGCACUCAUGAAUGCGAGGUUCAACCACUACCCGACUUGCACAAGACCCGAUUUAGUCCUUGGAGCAAAGGCCCACACUGAUGGGUCAGGUAUUAGUGUUCUCUUGCAAGACAAGGAAGUGGAAGGCCUUCAAAUCUCGAAUAACUCUGACUGGUUCCGAGUUCCGAUCAUUCCACAUGCCCUUCUUAUCAACAUUGGCGAUCAAAUGCAGAUAAUGAGUAACGGCAUGUGCAAGAGCCCGAUGCAUAGAGUGACUGCAAAUGCAAGGAGGAAGAGGACAUCACUAGUGAUAUUCUACUUGCCAGAUCCUGAGAUAGAGAUCGAACCAGCCCGAGAGCUCGUCAAUGGAGAAAAGCCUCGGCUUUACAGGAAGCUCAAGAACUAUGCUGCUAUCAACUUUGAGUGCUUUCAGAAUGGAAAAGUAGCCCUCGAAACAGUCAGGUUAUAGGGUGUGCUGAUAAUGUUGGUUCUGUAAAAUGGCUUCUCUCUGUUGAGGGAACAAUAGCUUUUUUACUUGACCGAACGUUACCAAGGAGACAUGCAACAUUUCAAGGUAUAACUUUUAAUAAUAUUGUUAAUUGACAAUGACAAUUAGAAAGGCCCUUGGUCAGUGGCUAGCUCGCCCUGAACUUGCCAUUCCAAGAUGGGUGUCGCAGGGUCAGCGUGAGGUUAGUCCAGGACUGGCAAGGUUUGGAUCCUGCCACCAAGACCGCGUCUGCCUUCACCUGUCUGAGACCAAUCAGUGAGUUAGGUGCACAUCAUUAAUGUCAGCAGCCGUCAGCUAUGCUGUUUAAGAUAUUGAUACAUUUUUCUUUUUCUUUUUUUUGGUCUACAUAAUUGCUUGACUUAAUAUAAGUUGUUGGGGCGU